AUGGUCAAGGUUUUGUCUCGUUACACCAACUUCGCAGUAGAUUUGAAGUUCCAUAUUCUACCAGAAUUCAAACCGAUUAUUCCGUCGAGUCGUUUAUCGGUUUCACAAUGGAAAAUACCAACUUCCGUGGUCCUUGCCGAUCCACGCUUCUUCGAACCCAGUCACAUCGAUGUUAUAAUAGGAGCUGAAAUUUACCAUUGUUUACUACUUGAUGGCUUUAUCGAGCUUGAUUCAAAUUUGCCCAUUUUAAAGGAAACCGUCUUCGGCUGGAUUGUAUCCGGCAAAUGUAGCAACACUAUCAGCUGCCAUUCCGCUGUCACCAUGGUAUGCAGCAAUGCGGAUUUAGAAAAGCAGAUGAUGCGUUUCUGGGAGAUUGAAUCAUGUCACUCCAACAACAUUCUUUCUGUGGACGAACAGCAGUGUGAACAAUAUUUUGCAGAGACGACCACGCGUGAUGCCAAUGGUAGAUUUGUUGUAUCCCUACCGACGAAGAAAACUGUUUUAUCGAAGCUUGGAAGUUCUCGAGAAAUUUCACUACGGCGAUUUCUCUCACUCGAACGUCGUUUGCACGCAAAUCCCGAGUUAAUGAAAUCGUAUACGGAUUUUAUUCGAGAAUAUAUCGAAUUGGGACACAUGACCUUAAUCGAUCCUAACGCUGAUUUAUUGUCUUCUACUAUUCAACCUUAUCAUAUGCCACACCACUGUGUUGUACGACCUGAAAGUUCAACUACGAAACUGCGCGUUGUGUUUGACGCUUCCUGUCCGACGGAUACUGGUGUAUCGCUCAACGAUGCCCUCAUGGUCGGUCCAGUCGUACAAGACGACCUCUACAAUAUCAUCCUUCGAUUUCGACUCUCACGGUACGCUAUAGUCGCCGAUUUGGAAAAAAUGUAUCGGCAGAUACUCAUUCAUCCAACAGACCGUCAUCUCCUACGGAUUUUAUGGCGAAACAAGCCUAAUGAUCCUGUGGACACGUAUGAACUUCGCACCGUUACGUAUGGGACAGCGAGUGCCCCAUUUUUAGCUACACGCUGCCUUCGGCAACUUGCGAUGGAGAACGUCACCUCAUACCCUACUGCGUGCGAUAUACUCGAUAAAAACUUUUAUAUCGAUGACUUGCUUUGUGGAGUGGCAUCAGAGCAAGAAGGCAUCGUGCUUUGUAAGCAGCUAACUGAUAUUCUUCGUAGUGCUGGUUUCAAGUUGCACAAAUGGGCGUCAAACAGCACACAUAUUUUAGAGAGCAUACCAGCCGAAUUGAGAGAAAAUCGCAAUGUUUUUGAACUCGAUUCGUCAUCACCUGUAAAAACUUUAGGUCUACUGUGGCAGCCAGCAGGAGACGUCUUCCGGUUUAAAAUACCCUCCUGGAAUUAUAACGCUGUAAUCACCAAACGACUUGUGCUCUCGGACGCAGCACGCUUAUUUGAUCCCCUUGGACUUGUGGGUCCAAUUAUAGUACGUUCGAAAAUGUUUAUGCAACAAUUGUGGCAAUCGAAAAUAUCCUGGGAUUGUCAAUUAGAAGACCAGCAACUACAGUUUUGGAAAGAGUUCCGAAACGAUCUGCAAUCUCUAGAAGGUUUUGCCGUUCCUCGCUGGGUAGUCCCAUGUAGUCAACCAUACGUCAUUGAACUACACGGCUUCUGCGACGCUUCAGAGAGCGCGUAUGGAGCUUGCAUCUACCUUCGCUGCAUCUCCGAGAGUGGAUCAACUUGUGUACACCUCCUCACGGCUAAGUCGAAAGUUGCACCGAAAGCUCAAGGAAAAGGUCAAAAAAGAAUUUGUCUGCCUCGCCUCGAACUGUCAUCCGCCCUCCUACUAACCCAUUUGUAUGAGAAGGUUAAGAGUGGUUUGAACCUCAACACACGUGAAUUCUUCUGGUCAGAUUCAAUGAUCGUCAUUCAUUGGCUAGAUGCAUCGCGAUCUCGUUGGAAGAGAUUUGUAGGAAAUCGCGUGGCGGAAAUCCAGCAGAUUACUGCCGCUGGAACUUGGGGCCAUGCAGCCGGUUUUGAAAACCCUGCGGAUGUAAUAUCCAGAGGCAUGCUAGCUAGUCAACUGAUCAAACACACUCUCUGGUGGAGAGGCCCACUUUGGUUGAGCACAUCAAGUGAAUUUCGACCAAAUAUUUUGCGUACUACCGACGAUCAAUUCGAUAGUCAAUUAUUAGAAGAGAAACCAUCGACUUCCCUAGCCACAGUUUCUCCCAGCAAUAUAUUCGAAUUUAAAUCAACGCUCACCGGGUUAAUUCGAUUAGUUGCUCAUCUCCGCCGAUUUGUGUUCAACACUAGAUUAAGAAACCGAAGUACACGACAAGUUGGACCCCUAUCGACUGCUGAAUUGGACAGUGCUCUACAAAACCUAGUACGAAUAGCUCAAAAUGAAUCAUUCGGAGAAGACAUCCGCUCAAUUCGCUCAUCUACACAAGUUAAAACCACUUCCAAAUUGAAAUCGCUUUCACCCAUUCUGAAAGAUGGCAUUCUUCGAGCUCGUGGCCGUCUCAGUAAUGCUUGCAUCAACUACGAUCAAAAACAACCAAUGAUUCUCGAUUAUGAUCAUUCUCUAACAUUCUUAAUUGUUCGCCACUAUCAUAUAAAAUAUCUAUACGCUGGACCCCAACUGUUAUGUGCAGCAGUUCGUUCAAGAUUUUGGCCUCUUCGACUACGAAACAUUGCCGGUAAAGUCGUGCACACCUGCGUCACUUGCUUUCGCAGCAAGCCUGAAGUUACCGAACAAAUCAUGGCGGAUAUUCCACCAGCACGUGUAACCCCAACCAUGCCAUUCCUUAGAACAGGAAUCGAUUUUUGUGGACCACUAUAUUUGCGACCGCUUACCCGGAAACGUGCUCCAGAGAAGUGCUAUGUUGCAGUUUUUGUCUGCAUGUCAACGAAGGCGCUGCACUUCGAGUUAGUGGGCAAUCUCUCCACAGACUCUUUCGUCGCAGCGCUCAAAAGAUUUGCCGCCCGACGUGGCAUACCACAAACAAUUUUUUGCGACAAUGCCACUAAUUUUGUCGGCGCUAGACGAUUAUUGAACGAAUUUUUGCAGUUAUUCCGAACACAGAAAAGUCGAGAUCAAGUUGUAAAACUGUGCUCAGACGAGGGCAUAGAAUUUCGAUUCAUUCCGCCAAGAUCUCCUCAUUUUGGGGGAAUUUGGGAAGCUGCGGUGAAAUCCCUAAAACAUCACCUGUAUCGCACUCUUAAAAACGCUUUAGUAACCGCCGAACAAAUGGAAACAUUACUGUGUCAAAUCGAGGCGUGUUUAAACUCACGGCCUCUCACACAGCUUAGCAGUGACCCUCAGGAUCUGAACGUUCUUACACCAGGACAUUUCUUGGUGCAUAGAUCGCUAACCGCGAUACCUGAACCGUCUUAUGAGGAAAUUUCAUUGGGAAAGCUUUCACAGUGGCAACUAGUUCAGGAAUUCCUUAGACGCAUAUGGCAACGAUGGUCAACGGAGUAUCUCACCGACCUACAGCAACGAACCAGAUGGACCCGAAGACGCAACAACAUCCAGAUUGGUACCAUGGUGUUGGUCAAGGAGGAUCAUCUCCCUCCAAUGAAGUGGCGAUACGGCCGUAUCGUAGAAGUUUUCCCUGGCAAUGACGGAUGUAUACGUGUAGUCAACAUCCGGACAAAAGAUGGCAUAUUCAAACGAGCCAUUACACGCAUCUGUGUUCUCCCAAUUCAGGACAAUCUGCAGCGCAAUGCAGAGUCAUCAUAG